AGAAGUCAAGGCAGAGACUCUUCCAAGAACAAAAACUCAAGACUUGUUCCUCGGAAACAUCUCUUCUAGUUUUAACGUUUUUGUUACAUUUCUUCGUAAUUGUUCUUUCCCGGUGAGGAGUAGAGGGAUUGGGUGAGAGAGAUGGGCGUGCAGUGGGUUCUGGUGUGCCACGGCCUGGUGACGCUGUUAGUGGUGAUAUCGUUUCUGUGUGGGCAGUGGCCUAUCUUUCAGGGGACUUUCGUCGAACGCAUACACCACUUCCUCACCUUCGGCGCCUACGAUUACUUCCUGCGGUUUGUUGGGACUCUGUGUGGCUCCAAGGCGACCGAUGCUAUUCUCUCUAUGGAGUAUUUCUGCUGCGAUCGACCCAAUCCCAUUUUACAGUUCAUAUAUCUCAUGAUGAUUGGAGGAAUAUAUUAUUUUAUUUCAAAGUUUUGCUUCAACUAUAUUCCUGGCUAUUAUUUAAGUGGGGUUCACAGGUACACAAGCUUGUUGGCUGUUGGUGUCGGUGUUCUGCUCUUUCUAUUGACUAGCUUUUCUGAUCCAGGAACUGUGAAGGCUGAGAAUGUUUCACAGUAUAUCUCUGCCUACCCAUAUGACAAUGUUAUUUAUUCUGAGAAAGAAUGUUCAACUUGCAAAAUUCCAAAACCUGCCAGGUCCAAGCACUGCAGCAUUUGUGAUCGCUGUGUUGCUCGCUUUGACCAUCAUUGUGGAUGGAUGAAUAAUUGUAUAGGAGAGAGAAACACCCGCUACUUCAUGGCUUUUCUUUUGUGGCAUUUUCUUAUUUGCAUAUAUGGAACGGUUGCCAUUGGGUUGGUUCUUGCUGGACAGUUAAAAGAAUUAAGAGUUGUAUAUAUUCUAACUGUUUAUUAUGGCAUCGAAAAUUCUUUACGUCGUUUAGUGCCACAUAUUGUACAGUGGUUACUGGCCUCCUACAACACUCAAAUACUUAUGAUGGUUUUUCUUGCAAUAGUUUCACUGCUAUUGGCGGGGUUCUUUGGCUACCAUGCCAACCUAUGUCUCACCAAUACCACCACGAAUGAGACUUUCAAAUGGCAAGAUUACAUAAGCUGGCAGAAGAAGCUAAAUGAAGCAAGGGCAAGUGCUGCAGCCCUCAAAGCAGGUAUCAGUGGGAUGAGAAUUGAAGGAGAGCCUCCAAAGAUCAAAUGGAGAUCAUUUUUUAGAAAAUCCACCACAGAAAAUGUGCAGGUCACAAAAAAUAACAUUUACGAUAAAGGAUUCUUCCACAAUCUUCUGGAGAUCAUCUUCCCCCUAUCAAUGAGAUCCUCGUUUUUGCAAACCAAAUCAAAGUCUGGCUGAAAUUUCCAUUAAUGCUUGUUGUUCACCUGGCUGUUGUUUCUUCCAAUAGAAUCGGCUUCGUCAGUUGUUUUUGCAAUUUUCACUUAAUAGAUGGCCAGCCAGGGAGCCUGAGGAAGGACUGUGUAAAUCAGAACCUUUUACAUCACUUACCAUUUAUGGCUGCAGUCUGAGAUUAUAGGACAUUCUGCUGUGAGAAUUGAUGGGUCGGAAUAUGGUGAAAUAUUAUUGGAAAAUAGUAAACACCCUCAUUUUGUAAGAGUUUCCUUUGGUGCCAUUACUUAUAUAGUAAUCGUUUUUCCUCU